UCUUCUGGUUGCUUCUGGAAAAAUGACUGGUAGUGAUCAAGAAUGCACAUAUAAGUCUAAAAGGUUAAAUUGUGGUACUGAGGCCAUGCACUUGGGCCGAAAGCCGUCGUACGAAAGGCGAAGUCUGAAAAGUUGAACGAAGAAAGUCGCAUUGCGCAUAAAUCCAUUGGUAUUGAACCUUUAGAAAAAGGCCGAAAUCCAUAAAGAUGCAGAUACAGAAACAGUCAGCACGUGUAUAAAUAAAUAAAUAAAUAAAUAUAUACAGACGUUCUUCGAGAAAAGUGUAAUUUUAUAAAUUGAAUUAUCCAAUUAAGAAACAAAGCGGAGGAAACGUGGUACUGGGCUCAAAUCAUUGGGCCGAAAUCCAACAUACGAAAGAAGAAGAAUAAAAGGUUACAGAGAUAAAAGGUGAUAUCCUAAACGAUGUAGGACCACCUACGAUGCAAACACCUAUUAAUCUCAUUGCAUUAAGAGAACAAAUACACGAAAAUUGAGAUGUCCUGCCAAAUUCUAGAGAUCGCUCGGAUAACCAAUCUUCAUGAAGUGAAGAAAUUACUUGGAAGUUCCUUGAAUAGAGUUGACACUGUAUCGAAGGAUGAAUUACCCCUUCAAGACGUUUUGGUUUCAUUGUCGUCUGCUCGAGAUAUUUUGGUUAUAGCAUUGAAUACCAAGAUAAUUAUUCUAGCAUCAAAAUGGAAUUUACUAGGUCACAAUGAUGCAAAUAAUGAAUUUUGUAUUAUUUGGAGCGAUGAAAUAGCAAUGGAACCAAAUGAAUGGAUCACGUCCAUAUCUUGUUUCCCAAUUACAAUUCUAGAAAAAAGUAGUGCACGUGGUGAAGUCGACUGGACCUGCGUAUGUGUGGGUUUCUCUACUGGCUUUAUAAAAUUUUACACCGAGGACGGUGUGUUCUUAAUGAAAGAAUUGUUCCAUGAUGAACCGGUCCUGGCAAUAAAGUGUCAAUCGCGACACGCACCUAAAUAUACCGGUGAUGUGGAAUGUACCGAAGAAGUGCACGUGCUAUAUGGCAGUACAAUAUGCAUUUUGCAAGGGUUUUCAUUAUUUUCGGUGCUGCGAGCCCUUAAGUGUCAUUUGCAAAGAGCUCGGUUAAGCGGUACCGAAGAACCACCUGCAGUGAAUUUGGUAUUACAAAAAUGGGGUUUCAAAAAUCAAGAUGUCACGAAUGACUCAAAAAUUAUUGGUGCAACGACAUUCAACUUAUUUGACCACUUAAUGACUGCUUCUAUUAGUGGUGGUUAUAACGCUUUAUAUCGUUCGAGUGCUUUCCAAUACAACUUGAUCGUUGCAACCGGCAAAAGACCUUUCAUUGGAUUUCACUAUACUACAGAGAAAGGUUUUACUCCCGUUCUUUCUAACAUUGCUGCAUCAAUGGCCAGUAAACUUGUAACUACAAUAGGAACGGCUGUUCCGGUUCUUAAUUCUAUGUGGUUUCGAGGCACCUCCAAAGCUGUCACGUCCCUGAUGAAAGGAAAUUCUGUAGCAAAAGAGGCGAUAGAACGAAUGACGUGCAGGUUUGGUUUAAGCGAUGCCGUUAGAGAAGGCCUUUGCAUAGUGGCCGCGCCCGUUAGAACUUUCUGCGUCGUGUCGGAUACGAUGGGUAGGGUGAUAUUAGUAGAUACCAAACGUGGGCUUGCAUUAAGAAUGUGGAAAGGAUAUCGAAAUGCACAGUGCGGUUGGACAGAAUCGAUCGAAGAAAGGCAGAGUUCUACACAAGGUAGUCAGUUGCGAACGACUUUAUUUCUAGUCGUCUAUGCCCCGAAGAAAGGAAUUAUUGAUAUUUGGAGUGUUCAACAGGAUUUAAAAAUUGCUACGUUCUCAGCCAGCAAACAUGGCCGAUUACUGUACAUAGAUUCGGGUUUAUUUGGUCUGAACGAUCGCCCAUCGAUAUCUGAAAAACGAUCGAGAUGUUCCUGCAUAUUUAUUGAUCCCACGGGAUAUCUAAAGGAGAUCACUGUACCCUUUCAUUCGGUCCUCAACGAGAAGCAUGGGCAUAAAGCUCACGAUUUGCAUCUGUUAAAGAAAUUGAAGCGAGUUAUAAACAGGGACGAACUCGACGAUGAAAAAUUACAAUCGGAAGUUGUCGAUACGUGUGCACGCUUGAAGUCAAUCGAAUCGAUGCUCCGAACUAUUAAAGCAUUAAUGACGAGCAGGCACGUCACACCUUCCGUUCUACUUGCAGCGAGUCGCCAUUUCGUCGACAAGUUCAAACAACGUGAUCCGGAGACGUUCGACCCAAUGACAAAGUCACUUUUCCAACUAUCGACACAGCUCCAACGUGCGACCGAAUUCUACAUUUUUACCCGCUCCCAAUUCGAGCGCACUUCGAGCCCAAUCUCGGGCGAGAGGCGGCUGUUCGAGCUGCUACUAGUCUCCGAGGAAGAGCUGCAAAGGAUCUUGUCACUGCUCGAGAUGUCUGCCGAUACGGGAAACGUGACAGUUUCCAACAGAGUCACGUUCAAAGAAGACAGGAAGACAUUUGCAUACUUCUUGUCGUCUUUUCAAAUCGGUACACCAACUUUUGUAGAUUUCGAGAAGGACGAGUUCUCCGACAAGCUUCCUAUCGUUUCCGAAUUGGUGUAUCGCAAUUGGAUGGACUCAACGGAGCCGGUAAACACCUGGCACGAUGCCGCGGCACAAAGUGGCAUUCGGCCACAAACGUUACUACGAUUUGCUUUGAUUUACUGGUUAAACCGAACGUAUACGGCAUCGUUGGCCGUGGAGUUGAAACGUUUCAUUCAUCUGAUACAUUCUAUUUGUUCAAUAGCGGGCACGGAUGAAGUGUGCGCUAAAGAUAACGAGGUCUCUACAUGGUGGCACGAGGUACGAGGAAUGUUGACGGAAUGUUCGAAACCAUUCAAUUCUUUAACUGCGGCCAUGGCGUGCCGUGCAGUUUCGAUCACGUUGGAAAAGAAGAGGGAUCUGUUUGAUCAGAGUAAACGAAUGGAAAGCCAUGGUGUCGAGACAAUGGGAUUACCCGACACCAGCGAACCGGAGGGUUUGGAGAAGCAGAAAUAUACAGAAAAAGAGUCAUCGUCGAACGAUGCACUCAAUACAAUGUGCAAUUUAAAAAGCGACUGGGAAACCGUGAGUAAAGAUGGCUGCCAAUUCACCGUGCUAAUUAGUCAUUUGGAAGACUUGACUAUAUUGGACUACGUAGUAAGUCGGCAACCACCGCGAGACCAUACCGGAAACUUUCUCUCGUUACGUUACGAGAAGGAAAAUGUAUCUUUAAGGCUUUUGCUCUCCGGAGGGAAAGGUUCCGUAUCGGAAAUCGUUGCCAGGUGGCUCGCAUCCACGGGAUUGCAUCCGACGUGCCUAAUCGAUUCGGAAGGCCCCGAGAUCGAUCGAGACCAUUCUUUGGAAAGUUCAUUAAACGUGACUGUCUUGUCACCCCAGACCGCCGCCGUUCGGGGAUUCCAAGACGAGCGGAUUAAACUCUUUCCGCUGACAAAGGACAUCGGUGCAAAAGCAAACGUCGACGUUUCGACUAAUGCCGAAACGAUGGGUAAAAUUGCCUUACUGAAGCUACAUUUCCCAUAUAGCCUGGCAAGUGACGUGCUUCUGGCUAAUUUAUGUUGGCGAUUUGUGACAACAUGGAUCGAGAAUCCAACACGGUUAAAAGUCCUUGAUGCGGCAUUAACCGUUCUACGACAUAUACCUACGAAAAUCAUGCAACAAGGAUUGUGCUGUCUCCUAUGGACGCUACAUUUAAAGAAAAUGAUCAAGGCAGCUUCUAAGCUUAUGAAUAAAUUAGGAAAGUUACCAAAUGAGAGGCUGUGCAUGCAAACAAUAGGACUGUCCGACAUGCAGCUGACAAUGUUUCUUCAACAUUGCGUGACGUUUCUUGACAUCUUCUUAGACGCAACGGUGCUUGACGGGGAGAACAACGUAACCGUGAAAUUUGAGGAUUUGUGGGAAUCUUCUCAAUCGGGCCCAAAACCCCUCGUCGAGCUUAUUACAAUGCAAACCCCUGUCUCGUACGAUCUAGUUUUGUUACAUUUCCAACUAGUCAGUACCCUUCACAUGAUGGCAUACUUUAACAUAAAAGUGCAAAAACCGCUGGACAAUUUAUUCCAAUCAACGUCACGUCCGUACUUCUUUCAAGACAUGACCAGUGGAACCAUAUUCACCUGGUAUCAUGACAAUAAACAAGAUGCUUUCCGCAUGGAGUUCCUCCAUCAUGUAAUCACAGCAUCCACGAAUUUUAUCCAUCGAGAAGCAGAGUACGAAAGUAGUUUUGGUACUUCACAGGUGGUCUUUUGGAUGAGCAAGUGCCACACAUUGGCAUCUAUUUGGAAAAUUAAUACUGACGAGUUAAGGGUACAUCAGGUACAGCAGUUGUACGCCAAUGGAUUUGACAGGCUGGCUGAAGAGGCUGUGACAGCUGUGAAUAACACCCAAAAGCUCGCCGAUGUGCUGCUCCCUAUUGCUGGGAAACGCAUUAAAGCAUAUCUAUCUAAGACUCUCGAUAUUCUGAAUAAAGUUUCACGGGUAAAUCCAGCGCUAACAAAGUAUCUAGACAGUUUGGAUUCAUUCGAGGGAUCCCUGACUGACUAUUCCGAUAACGAUACAAUAGAACUCGUUCGUCUGAUAUCAAGAUUUGUAGACGAAACAGAUCCCAACUAUCGCCUUGCCCAAUUAUUACUAGAUGCUACGCUUAUCUAUGAAGAAAAGUUGUAAUUUCAGAACCUUUGACAAUUGAAAUUCAGUAAUUCCUGGUAAAUCUCCGUUACGACACGGACACCCAAUGCAACGUCGUUUCGAACGGGUCCACAUAAAAGGAAAAAUGUAAUAAACAACAAGACUAUAACUGGUCUAUGUUGAAGGUUGCAUGUACGUAUGUACGUAUGUACAUGUAUACAGUGCCGAUGAAGUUAGAAUAUUUCUGAGUGGAUAGCAAUUCUAAUAUAUUCUAGUCUGGUAAACAUUCUUUGCGGAUACGCGAAAGGAAGAAAGUAUCAUUGGCAAUUUGAAAAAUGUAAAAUGAAAUUUUAUAAAUUUAAUUACAGCACGGUUA